AUGGUGGUCUACUCUUUCUACAUAUUCGAUAGACAUGCUGAAUGCAUCUACAAGAGGCGAUGGCUGCCUCCAUCAAUCUCGACCACCGGCAAAACCUCAAGGCCGUCUUCCCAGACAUACGUCAAUGGCGGGCCGCAAGCGCGCUCUAUGUUGAGCGCAGAGGACGACGCAAAGCUCAUAUUUGGGACAGUGUUCUCUCUGCGAAACAUGGUGCGGAAGUUGGGAGGCGAAGAUGACAGCUUCCUUUCCUACCGGACCUCCCAGUACAAACUGCAUUAUUACGAGACGCCGACCAAUACGAAGUUUGUCAUGCUCACGGACACCAAGUCGGGCUCGAUGAGGAUAGCUUUGCAGCAAAUCUACGUCAAUUGUUAUGUCGAGUACGUAGUCAAAAAUCCAUUGUCACCUGUCGAGCAUCCUGGCGGGAUUGGUGUCAACAACGAAUUGUUUGAAGCAAGUUUGGAACAAUUUGUGGUAGGGUUGAUUGCCCCUGCUGGAGGAAAGCCUUGUGCUGACCAAGACAUGAAGGACCGCGUGCUGAACGCUCCCUGA